GUGCCGUCCCGGGCCGUCCUCUUCCCCUUCCUCCACUGGUCCGGUGCGAGGUGAGCGCUGCCCAGGGAGUCGGUCCGUCGCCAGCUAUCUUCAGUGCCGCAGCCCCAGUGAGCGCGGCAGAAAGACACAGCCUAGCAUAAACCAUACACGUUUCUGGUGUCCAAGAUCAGAGGCAGAAUACAAGAAAAGAGACAAUGGCUUCUGAAACCAUCCCACAGGAACCUCAGACAUCUCCACCAAAGCAAGCUAGAUGGCCUGGAUGGCCAAUGUUCUAUUGUCCCAAAUCCCAAAUCCAAAACAGUGGAGAAAUUGCAAGGAUCCGUGAAGAAUGCAGAAGUGAAAGUUUCUGGUACAGAGCUCUUCCUUUGUCUCUUGGGAGCAUGCUUGUCACCCAGGGGCUGGUCUCAAAAGGCAUUUUCUCAGCAAACCCAAGAUUUGGUGCAUUUCCAAAGAUGGCAAUUGCUGGUGUCUUAGGCUAUGCCAUUGGGAAGAUGUCAUACUUUGGAGAAUGCCAAAAGAAGUUUGAGAAAAUUGGUAUUGUACCAUGGGGUCCACCAAAAAAAAGGCAUUGCAAUCAUACUUGCAAAGAGUGUGAAGCAAAAGUGGGAUCAGCUGCAAAAGAAGGUUCAAUUCCUUCAGCAUCUUAGACACAGAUAUGCAGAAGAUGAUAAUAAUCUUAUGGGCCAGCUUCUUCCUUCAGAAUGUUUCUGGAUCAGCUUCUUGCAAGGCUUGAUUCUGCUGGGAAGAAAUAACAACUUCAGUUUGGUGUAAAUCAGCUUCUUUGAAGUAGUUGCAUAAUGGUUCAUAGUUCUGCUCACAGUAAAUACCAAUUCCUUGUAAUGCACUUUUUGGGUUAUUUCCUGCCCUUCACUGCAAUUUAGCUCUUAGUGCAAAAGAAUGGGAUUUGUCUGUUGUAAUUAAAUGCUGGCAAUACCUCAUGGAGCAAGAAAAA